AUGGAUAUGACAACAUUCUCGGAUAGACUCCGGUGCGAUCGCAAACAGCCCUGUUCGACAUGCACCGAUCGUGGAUUAAUGGCCAACAGCCGCACCAGCAACCCUGUGAUGUCUGGUACCCAAGGUCACCUGCAAGAAGGCUCACCAAAUGAGGCAAUCAACUCCCAACACUCUCCAGCUCAAUCCGACGGCGGAAGUGUAUGGUUUAGCUCUUCGAAUGCCUACGUUGGAGGAACUCAUUGGGUCGCUAUCCUGGAUGGGAUCGCCGACAUCAAGGAGCGGCGGCUUGAACGGGAGGACGUUGAGAACCUCAAAACCCCUCCUAUACCACAUACCCUCCUGCUGUAUGGAUUACUUCAAUCGAUUGGACCUAGCGCUAUGGCUCGUACUCUUCAGCCUGUCUUCACAGUGUAUGAACGUUUCUGGGAGAAUCCAUCCCAGACGUCAGUCAUGUGGCUGGGUCUCCUCUUCUCUAUGAUAUGUCUCGCAGUGCUUGCUUCAACUGCAGCAGAGUCCAGCUCAUCUCCGGGAGUUCGCAACCCGUUGGUGGAUCCGUACCGCGAAAAGAUAGUCCAGUGCCUCAUUCUGGGCGAAGUAUUCCAUCCGGAAAGAUGCCGACCGGGACAUCUGGAUCCUAUCGGGGAUCUUGGUCAACAUAGCUCUGCGUAUGGGUUACCGUCGGGAUCCGUCGCACUUUCCAGGGAUCUCUUUGUUUGCAGGGGAAAUGCGACGCCGGAUCUGGGCCACGAUCCUGCAGGGAGAUAUUUUGAUUUCCACUCAGAUGGGCAUGCCACGCAUAUCAAAGAUUGGCAAUGUGACACCGUAGAGCCCCGAAAUCUGAAUGACUCGGAUUUCGAUGAGGGUAGCUCCGUGAUUCCCCCAUCCAGGCCCGAGACAGAGAUCACCACAGUUUCGCACCUAAUUGCUCGGCGGCGUAUAUUUGUCGCCUUGGGUGCGAUUGUUGAUUUGCCUGCCUCGGUGCGGCCAGUGGUCUACGACGAGGUAAUGCGACUAAAUCAGAUGCUGCAUGAUGCCGAGGCCACGGUCCCUAACUACCUCCGCAUGAAGGCCAUGGCUACAGCGGUAAUCGAUCCCCCGCAAGUGAUUAUGCAUCGACUGUUCCUCAGACUGAUGUUCCACAAGGGUCAGGUCAUGCUACACUGCAGGUAUCUUAGCAUGGAGUCAACCGUAUCUGCCAAUGGCCAGACAUGCUCCUCCUACUCGCGUAGCUCUUGCAUAGAAGCAGCUUUGGGGAUCCUGGAGAUUGAACGAAUAUUAGACGAGCAAACCAGCCCAGAUGGCCAGCUAUAUAUGAUGCGAUGGCGGGCUUCCUCCUUCAUGAAGCAUGAGUUCCUGACAGCCACGAUGCUGUUGUGCUUUAUCGCGCGACAGAGACGUAGCAGCCCAGAUGUUGAUGACCAUCACUUGGAUCGAAUCAUGGCAGCACUUACAAGGGCGCAUGGUAUCUGGAUAAGAUCAAGGAAUACAUCGGUAGAAGCAAAGACAGCACCAGACGCUCUUAGCAUUGUGCUGGCUAAGCAAUCGGGUGAUUCUAAUAUGAGCACAGAGUGUCUAGCUAUAAGCAAUGAUUUCACCCUAAAUUCAGCGCUACCGAUGCCAUUUCCCACUGGAGGGCUCAAUGGAGACGGUCUUGAAGAAAGCUUUUAUUAUGGAUUUCCUUUCAUAGUAUCCAGUCAGGUGUUCCCAAGCUCAGCUAUGGCGAUUGAUCCAAAUGUCGCAUGA